AUGGAACCUGUGUAUCGACCGCUGGAUCCGGAAAUCAAGGAAAUCCGCCUCUUCAAGCUUCACGCGGCGACAGCGUUUGACGCAAAGAUACGUGGUCACAUCUCCUACAUGUCACUCAACGACCCGUGCCAGUACGAAGCAUUGUCAUACAGAUGGGGCGCGAACGACUUCACAGAGGAGAUUGAGGUCGACGGCCAGCCAUUUUACGUCACCAAGAACUUGGCGACAAUUUUGCCCUACUUGCGCGACGAAACAAACGAAAAGACGAUGUGGAUUGACGCACUCUGCAUCAACCAGUCAGACAUGGCAGAGCGGAGCCAGCAGGUCCCGCUGAUGAAGGAAAUAUACACUAGAUGUACUACCGACCUUGCCUGGCUUGGACCAAAUUCUCCCUCAGUGGACCCAGGGCCGAUGGGCAACGAGACCCAGGAUAUCGACUUUCUCGUCCGGGGCCUUAACUUGAUGAGGAAUAUAGCAGAGAAAGACGACGAGACUCUUGCGGGGCUGCGAAAUAGCUGGGAAGAGUACAGAUAUAGGCGCGGAAAGGAUAGUGCUAAACUUGUAUUGAGACACGAGAACCAGAGCCUCCUCGAUACUGUGUUGCUGCACGCUCCGAUAUGGGAUCGGAUUUGGGUCAUGCAGGAGCUCUCAUGCGCUCCUCAGGUUGUCCUACUGGCUAGAAACGAGUCAUUGAAAUGGGACGUCGUGGCCAAGUUCCUGGGAGACACGCCUUACUCCGAUGCCUUUCAUCUGGUCUGGUCUCAUGGAGAGCUCAGGAGUGCAUUCGACUAUACAUUCGAAAGGGCGCAGCUCAUUCAACAUCAGCGGAGCAUUGUCCAGGAUGUCGAAGCAGGAAAGUACACAUCCACUUGCUUGGACGUGCUCGCUCGGUUCAAGUUUGCGCAGUCCACAGAUCCAAGAGAUAAGAUCUACGGUCUGCUUGGUCUCGUUUCUGAGGAGCAUCCCAUCAAGGUAGACUACAACAAGACAGUUGCUCAAGUCUUUGCCAACCUGUGCCAGUUCCUCAUUGAUUCAAGCGGCACUCUCGAUAUCAUCUGUCAGAAUCCCUGGCAAGCUGAUGAGACCCAGCGACAAGAACAACGGCGGAUCAACGAGUUACCCUCCUGGGUGGCUGACUUUACGAUGAAACGAUACUCGGAUAUUUCAGACCGGUUCUCGGCUUUUCUCUUCGCUCAGAGAGGAAUAUUCAACGCCGGCCCUAAGAACUGCGAAGUUCCCUGCCGAAUUUCGGACGACCGACUUGCCAUCCAAGUGAAAGCUGUCUUCAUAGGCACGAUCGGCCAAAUUCUGCAGCCUGGAUACUUCGAUGGCAAUCCUGAGCGGUCAUUCUGGUGGGACAUACCGGCUUCCGCCUUACGCCAGUGUAUACAAAUGUAUAUUGAUGCAAAGUCUCCCUCCUCUGUAAAAGAUGGAAAUUUCGCUUGGCACAGGUCUCUAUACGAACCUACAGGAGAACUUGCAAUUGAAGCAUAUUGGAGGACGCUUGCUAUGGAUUGCAAAUGCUACCCCAUCCAACGACUGAGCAGAGAAGACAUUAUUGCAGAUAGUACUUCAUUUAACGAGAUUAUGUCAGAAUCUGCGUUGGAUAACGAGGAGGAACAUUUGAUGAGUCAUCAUUCACUCAUCUCCAGACAUAUGCUGGUCAGGAAUUUCCAACACUGGACCUUUGUUAUUUCGCGGAAUGGUCUAUACUGCAUGAUUAGACUCGGUGUGAAAGACGGCGAUAUUCUGGCAGUUCUGGAUGGCGGCAAGGUUCCUGUUGUCUUGAGACCUGUCCAUGGUCAAGGAACUGAUUACACUUUUGUUGGCGUAGCGUACGUCCAUGGAUAUAUGGACGGGGAGGCGAACGAAGCAGUAGAGAAUGGCAAAUUGUGUACAAGGGAACUUUUUUUAGUCUGA